AUGGCAAUCGAUAAUAUCGCACCGGGAACUGGACCAAAUCGUCAAUUAUUCACAAAUAACUUUUCGAAUCAUCAUCAUCAAAGGAAGUGUAAAAACACUCAAACGGAAGCCCAUCAAGCAUGUAUGCAAAGUAUUCAACGAAUUCAAGAUCAAUACAAUUUGGAUUUGAAUAGUUUUAAUGCGCUGGUUGAUGAGCGGUCUUUUUGGAAAUGGGAAUUAAUCGAUUUCACUGCUGAAUACAUCCCAUCAUUUUAUCAUCAACAUUAUUAUUAUCAAUCUAAUGAAACAGUGAAUAACCUUGACAUUGACCAAUGGAAUCAUAAUAAUAAUAAUUAUUCCCAUUUAACAACUAUCAUCCCAUCAACUCCAUAUAAACAAACAACUAAAUUCCAUAGAUAUUCAAGUACACUGAUAUUCAAUCGUGAAGAUGUAUGUUAUCAUGACCAAUCAAUUUAUAGAGAUCCCAUUCGAGUAAAUAAUCAAAUUAAAUCUACACUAUCUACCAGUCGUUCAUGUAAUCUAUUCACAUUAUGGCAACCGAAAAUAAAACGUGAACGAUGCAUUGAAUUUCGAAAAGAUCCGUCGAUAAAUUCACGUAAACUAUUGACAAAUGAACUAAAACCUGAUUCAUCUUCAUUAUCAAAUCAACAUCGAUCUAAAAGUUUGGAUAGUAAUUAUUCAAAAAAUCAUUGCAUACCACGUGAUCAAUUCAAUCAGGUUGACAAGAUCAAUGCCAACCAUGAAUUUUCUUCUUGUAUUGAUCUUUAUCAAACUGAUCAAACUGACAGGCGAAAAAGAAAUAAGGAUGGGAAUAAUCACUCUGUAUCGAAAGAAAUUGAUAGGGAAUUAAAAAUUGACCAAAUCACUCGAAAAUCUGAGCAAAAAAUUAAAAAUUAUCAUUUGUUAUAUGAUAGGCUGGAAAUAAAAUCAAAUACUUUGAUUUCUACUACUUAA